UUAACUAACUCGGUUCGUUAUUGCUUACAGGACACAUAGUCUACCCCAACACUGGCCGGGACUGGGACGCGGCUGCGCACCGCAUUGUCACCAUGGAGGCAGCUUCGGCGCGGUACGCUGCCCGAGAUCGCUGGGGGGAUAUGGGCAGCCACCCGGCACCCUCGCAGCUGCUGCGCUUCAUCCAGGCUGCCUGCAGUCCCGAGAACUACGAGCCCAACCUCGCGCUGAACCUCGAGAUCGCCGACCUGAUCAACGCCAAGAAGGGGCCUGCCCCGCGCGAGGCCGCCAUGGCCAUCGUCGGCUACAUCAACCACCGCAACCCCAACGUCUCGCUGCUCGCCCUCAACCUGCUCGACAUCUGCGUCAAGAACUGCGGCUAUCCUUUCCACCUGCAGAUCAGCACCAAGGAGUUCCUCAACGAGCUGGUGCGCCGCUUCCCCGAGCGGCCUCCCGCCCGCCCCUCGCGCGUCCAGCUCAAGAUCCUCGAGGCCAUAGAAGAAUGGCGCGGCACCAUCUGCGAGACGAGCCGAUACAGGGAGGACCUGGGCUUCAUCCGUGACAUGCAUCGCCUGCUGAGUUACAAGGGGUACACUUUUCCCGAGGUCAGGAGGGAGGAUGCUGCCGUGCUGAAUCCGAGCGACAACCUCAAAUCGGCCGAGGAGAUGGAGGAGGAAGAGCGCGAGGCCCAGUCUGCGAAGCUGCAGGAGCUUAUCCGGCGAGGCACGCCCGAAGCCUUGCGGGAGGCGAACCAGCUGAUGAAGGUUAUGGCCGGUUACGACACCCGAUCCAAGGUCGACUACCGCGCUAAAGCCGCCGAGGAGGUUGCCAAAAUCCAGCAGAAGGCGAGACUGCUCGAGGAGAGGUUAGAGGCCUUCAAGCCGGGGGACAAGAUGGUGGACGGCGACGUUUUCUCGGAGCUUGCGGCUGCACUGUCGAGCGCCCAACCAAAAAUUCAGAAAAUGUGCGAGGAGGAAUCCGACGAUCAUGAGGCCGUGGCGAAGCUGCUCGAGAUCAACGACAGCAUACACCGGACGGUGGAGCGGUACAAGUUACUCAAGAAAGGCGAUAUCGAGGGCGCGCAACGAAUAGCCAAGGGCGCGCCAGUUGCGACAGGCCGUGCGAAGGGCACCGGCGCGGCAAACGAACUUUCCCUGAUCGAUCUCGACGACUCGGAGGCGAAUGGCGCUUCUGCGGGCCAGGCCGCACCGUCGGCAGCGGGAGUCGAAGACGACCUUCUCGGCCUCUCAAUAGCGGACACGAACAGCCACGGCCAGACCGGAGGGAUUGCUUUGGGGUUCGGAGCCAAUACGAAUGUCCCCGGCCCGGCUUUGCUCUCCUCUGUCACCCAAAGUAAUAGCGCGAAGGGCCAAGUACCAACAUCUACACCAUCGCCCGCUCCUUUCUCACCCUUCUCGUCCUUCACUUCGGCGCCUAGUUCACAGUCAGGCACCCCGCAGCCGCCUCAAAGAUCGGCCUUCUCACCUCCGUCGCAAUCACAAGCCACGGAUCCCUUCGCCGCAUUGUCUUCGCUUACGCAACAACCAGCCACGUCUGGGCAAUCCGCCGCGGCAGCCAAUGACGACGACGAGUGGAACUUCUCCUCUGCGCUCCCACCCGAGACGCCGCAGUUGCCCAAGGAGCACAAGGCCGUGGUCAACAACACGAGCCUGAAGAUCGACAUGAUCGCCAACCGCACAGUCGACACAGACCCUUCGAUUAGCUUGCUAUUUGCGUUCACCAAUAACACUGCUCAGCCGAUUUCUGAACUGCAUUUUCAGUUGGCCGUAACCAGGGGCUACGAGCUACAGUUGAAGCCACAGUCGGGGAGGACGUUGGAGCCCAAGCAGAGCCGAGGUGUCACGCAGUCAAUCAACGUAUAUCACGCCGGGAACAAGACCCGGAAGGUCGAGGCGAUCAAGCUAAGGUGGAAGGUUUCGUACAAGGUUGGCGGCGACCUGAGGCAAGAGAUGGGCGAGAUUGCCGAAUUUUCUGUUGCAUAGUGAACUGGAACCGUGCCGGCGUGUUUCAAGCGUGUUGAGACGGGACUAGAUGAUCGCAAUGGAAAAUCGCUCAGUGUCAGGCGCUAUGAGACAGGAGGUUGAGCGGUAGGCGGCAGGGUCUGUUGUGCUCAGCACCGGCUGACUCCGCCAGGGUAUACAUACACAUUCCACGUUGCAAAUUGCAAAUUGCCGCAGCGGCAGCGGAAAUCGCUAUCCUACCAAUGCCCAAACUUGCCUGUCUUUUUGCAGCUGACUGACUACCUGGGGGGCGAAAGGGGCUCGUCCAAGUUACCCGUCUUCAUCUGGUGUACGGCGCUUCUCAGCACCUAGACCGUUGGAUGUGUCCCUUCUCCUGGUCUUUUGUCGAGAGCGCCAGU